GCACUUACAGGACAAGUUCAGACAUCGAAACACACACGAUGGAACGUCUUCUCGCGAUUCUAAUCGCGUUAACGGUGGCAAACGCUUUAACCACGGAAUUGGAUCAAGUGCGGCAAUUGCAAGAGAAUUUCGAGAUUUUGACAGCGAAAUUUCGACAGCUCGAAACGAAAUUGCAGGAACAAGAAUCGAUUUUAAAGCUAUUGGAAAGUGCCAAGCUCGGCAUCAAGGAUUCUGAACAUCCACCGCCAGGCCAUAAGGCUUUGCCACGUACCUGUUUAACAGCCAGAGUGGCCAAUCCUCUCCUAACGUCCGGCUUGUAUUGGAUCGAUCCGGACGGUCCCGCAUUCGGAGAAGAACCCAUCCGCGUCUAUUGCAACAUGAACACUGGUUGGACAGAAGUUGUACACGAUAGUGAAUCACCUAUGAAUUCAGGGCAUUGUACUAGUCCCGGCUGUUACAGCCGAAAUGUGAAUUACAAUGCAACCCUAAGGCAAAUGGCAGCGUUGGCCGAACUCUCCAAUGAGUGUUCACAGUCGAUCAAGUACGAUUGCGUUUCUUCGCCAUUGGAGCGAAAUGGUAUUUCGUACGCCUGGUGGAACGAUCGCAAUGGAAACCCUCAGUAUUUCUGGUCUGGCAGCAAUUCGAGGGUUCACGUUUGCCAGUGCGGCAUUGAGCAGUCGUGUUUCGAGAAUGAUGUCCGAUGCAACUGCGAUUCCGACGUUAAGCUUUCACUAGCUGACCAUGGUGCUAUCCUCAGGAAGGAAUUGCUACCGGUGACCCGUUUGAAUUUCGGGAGGACUCAGCAUCCUAAUUCUACUGGUAUUCACACGCUCGGGAGGCUUGUGUGUGACGGCCGAUUGGCCGUUGUAAACAAAGGUUUGCCAACUUCCUGCGCAGAUUUAUGGCGAAAUGGAUUUUUUACUAGUGGACUGUACUCAAUCAAGGGCAACAAACAAUUCGAAAAAGUCUAUUGCGACUUCAACAAAUUGCCUAGUGAACCAGAUUUUCAAACAUGGGUCGGCUAUGAAGAUGUCAAAUCCCAUCCGAUACCAAUUGCAUCGUCCAAGGCGACUGUAGGCCGUGCUAUCACUUCUCCUACAAGGCAUAAUCAAUAACGAACUAAUGAAAAGUAUAUUGCUAUUAAAUGAAGUGUUUUUCUUCACUUAAAAAACAACUGCUGAGCGGUAGCGUGAUACAGCGCAAUUAUUCGGUGUAUUUCAUAAACGGCUAGCUUGUUGAGAUAAUGAAUCAUGUACUCGUAAUCAGCGUUUAAUUUUAGGCAUAUUGUGUGAUUUUCAAUCAAUUCUAAGAUGUGUCAUGAUUUGCAGAUUCC